GACAGAAGGUGGAAGAAGAAACGGCGGGCAAGCAAGCAAGCAAGCAAGCAAGCAAGCAAGCAAGCAAGCUAGCAAGCAAGCCGGAGCCCCUGGUCCAGAGAAUCGUAAAACUCGACUCGCACUCGAGGAAUACCUCGCGUUAAACUUUCAAACUUCCGUUUGAGAAGGGAGCUUAGUUUCUUUUAUUUAUUUUGUUCGAACCUUCUAGCAAAAGAGAAAGAAUCGCUUUUCGCACGACCAUAGUUAUCUUUUUUACUUUAACGUUCUGGGAAACUAGCAAAGGAAUAACUACACGUCGAACUUUGAGAAAACAACGUACGUUGUCGUUGCGAGAAAAGGAGAAAGAAAGAGAAAGACGGUGGGAGAGAAAGAGAGAGAGAGAAAGAGAGAGAGGAAGGGAAAGGGAGGGAAAGAGAAAGAGAGAAAGAGAGAGAGAGAGAGAGAGAGACAGAGAGACAGAGACAGAGUGUAGGAUGCCGUGGAACGACUCGGACAUAGUGGUUCGCGUGCAACGAUAAUAUUCGCCCACGUGUGUGACCAGUGUGAAUCGUGCAUUUCGUAUUAUAAAAAUCUAUAGUGAACAUUUAGAUAUCAUUUCAUAAUUUAUUUAUCAUCAUUCCUUGUGCCAUUGUUGGAUUUCAAUUUGUAAUGGGAAGCAGGGCCGUUGCUGUGGGGGCGGUAGCAGGUGCCGCUGGGGUUUCCGGUGAAGCUGGUUUGGCCGGUGUACCUAGACUUUUAGAAGAUUUAGCAAGACUAUCUGAGGACAAAGACACCGCCGACAUCGUAUUCCUUUUGGGAAGGGACGAGACACCAGUUUAUGCUCACAGAAUCAUUCUACAAGCGAGGUGCAAGAACUUUACAGCCGCAAAAAGGAUCGGCACGCCUGGUAACCCAACACCCGUAAGGAUGCCACACGCUCAUCCAGAAACCUUCAGGCAAUUCAUUCAUUACAUUUACACUGGCAAAAUCAUGCUACAAGACAGCGGUAUAUUCGAGAUGUUGGGUCUUGCUCAAGAACUUGGUGUCGAAGAACUUUGGAGAAGUUGCGAGGAACACGUAUCGGCCACUCUAAGCCCUGGAAAUGCGUGUGCCCUUUUGACCGCAGCAUUGGAUGCUCAAGAACGUGUACCAGGUGGCAAAGGUGCUUGUUCAUCCUUUAUCGAGAGAUGUUUUGCAUUUAUCGGAGAAAAUGCAGUGGACACUGUCAAAACUACAGCUUUUUGCAAUCUACCAAAAGAUGCCCUUGUCAAAUUGAUAUCUUCCGAUUAUCUUGGGUUAGAAGAGGAAGACGUAUGGAGAGCGGUGUUGAACUGGGCCAAGUAUCAGGCAGGGGUGACGCAGCCUACGCAACAUUGGACCGAAGAGGAACGAGUGAGGGUCUGCCAACAUUUGUCAGGAGUGAUAAAUCACGUUCGUCUACUACUCAUCGAUAGCCAGGUCUUUGCGGAAGAGGUAGAGCCAACUGGAGCUGUACCGAUAGAACUAUCUUUGGAAAGAUAUAGAUAUGCGGCACUACCAAGCAAAUAUGCGGAGAUUUGUUCGGAUAAGAGAUUACAACCAAGAGUAAGUCCCUUUCUAUUCCCUGGAUCCCAAAUACUAUCAAGAGACAAAAUGGGUUAUCAACGAUUAUUGAAUCAAUGGUAUGGUGCACCAAAACAAAGUUGGCGUUUGGUUUAUAGAGCUUCUAGUCAUGGAUAUUCUGCGGCAUCUUUUCAUCGUCAUUGCGACGGUGUUUCACCAACAUACGUAAUAGCAUUAGGUACGCGUGGAGAAAUAUGUGGUGGAUUUAGUGAUGCACCAUGGGGUAAAACUAAUGCUAAAGGACAUUAUAUUUCUUCUGAAAAAGCUUUUCUUUUUACUUUAACUAAUAAUCAAGAUGUACCUCCAACCAAAUAUGAAAUCGUUAAGAAACCCUUUGCUAUUUGCUAUCAUCCUGACAUAGGACCUAUAUUCGGUGCUGGUGCGGAUCUAUUAAUAUCUAGUAACUGUAACGUAAAUAUGGAAAGUUACAGUAAUCUUCCUCAUAGUUAUGAUGGUGAACAUGCUUCUAAUACGGUACUUAUGGGAGAUUAUCAUUUUUCUGUAGUAGAUUAUGAAGUUUUUACACCAAGUCAUCCUCCCAAAUCAAAUCACUGAUGAGAUCAUACAACAUUUUGAAACAUAGUACAAUAUUGUAAAUACUUGAUGAUUUACAUGCUCUCUUAUACAGACUGAGAUUAUUUUAUAUGCAAAAUCUAGUUAAUAUUUUCAUAUCUUAAUAUCUUAACGAAAUAUGUAUAGGGAUACCAAAAAUCCCAUUAUAAUUCUAUAUUUUAUAUAUUAGCUUAUAUGAUAAUUUGUAUAAUUCUAAUGCCUCUUUAGGUAUGCAUUUCAUAGAAUUGUACAUAAUAUAAUCUUAUUAUUCCUAAGAGUAUUUUUUCAUAUUAAUAACUAUUACUUUCUAUUCUUCUAACAAAGAUGGAAGUAAGAAAUCUCUCUGUGGCACAAUAAGUUUUGCGAUACUAAAUUAUGAAUAAUUAUUAAUGUUCAUCAAAUACUUAUAUUAUUAUAUAACGAUCGCUUAAAUAUCUAAUACAGACUAAUGUGGAAAAAAUUUUCUUUAAACAAUACACGUCCAAUUCUUACAUGUACCUUUUCAAUGAAUAAGAUUAUACACGUAAUACGAUGAAGAAA